UUUGUGACAGAGUGAGCAAGGGCAGGGAAGUGCUCCUGAUUUACUCCAGCUUGGGGAGUGCAGGUCAGUCCAGCUGGAGAAGGGAGUGGCCGCAGCCUGGAAAGGAUGGGAAUGCUGCUACGAGCAGCCGUGCUCCUGAGUUCCCUUCUCCUCUGCAGUGCAUUUUUGGAUCUGAGUGGCCCCCGUGAGAUUAAAGCUGUAUGGAAGGGAUCUAUCACUCUGCCAUGUGCCUAUGUCCCUGUGGAGGACCUUGUGCAGCAAACCCUCACCUGGUCUGUGGUACAUGACCAGAGCUCAGGCACCAUCUUUCGGAGAGAUGGCUCUGGGGACCAUGUGCUCCUGUCUGAGUACAGGGACAGGGUCAGUGUCCCGAAGGACACCCCAGGGAACGUGUCUCUUGUCAUCCUGAACCUGGAGGUCUCUGAUAGGGGAACCUACACUUGCCAGGUCACCUGGAGAGCCAGCAACAACAGCCUGAUAGCAAAGGAGAUCGUGACAAAAAUGGAGGUUGUUAAAGAUCUGCCCACAACAACAGCGGCCUCGUGGAGGGAUGUGGGAACCCCAGGGAGACACCACCUAACCACAGAAAAAACCCAAACAGAGCUGGUGUUCAUAGGUACCUCAGGAAUCUCCUGGACUCCAUGGGGCUCCAUCACUACUACAGAUCUGCCCAUAACAGUGACUGCAGUGACUUCCGAGAGUGGUGUGGGAUAUCCAGAGAGGAAUUAUACAACUCAGGAUUUCCAGAGGACCGGCCUGUCCCUGUACCUGGUCAUCCUGAUUGCUGUGGUGUGUGGUGCUGUGGUUUUCCUUGUCAUCUCUUUUAUCAUUUGCAUUAGAAAGCCCAAAGAUGCUCAAGUCUAUGACGUAAAAUUCCAGAACUCGAGAGCAGCAGCCUCUUCAAGGCAUGAAAGCACAGGGCACUAUGAGGAACCCAUCUGCUUCACUGAAAACAACUAUGUGAUGGAGCCCAUGGAAAACAAAAGCGCUGAAGUAAAUAAGAACACGUCUGACUGUGCUGGAAACCCCCAGGAACAUGAGUAUGAAGUAGGAGACACUUCCUGAGAGCCAACAGUGCUCUGCAGGUACCAGUCCUGAAGAGCACCUUCACCCAGGCAAAAUUUAUCUUUCUUUUACCUUUGCCUCUGAAAAAUAGGUUGGACAAGCAGUGGUUGCUCUUCCUUCACAAUCCCUGCAGUGAAAAUGCACACCUCUUCAGGAACUUCAGUUACAGACUGCUGUAUAGAACUUCUGAUUUUGCUUUCCUUGGUUCCCUUUCAUCAGAUCUGCCCAAGAAACCCUUUGAAAGCUGGGGAAUGCAGGUCCCAGGCUGGGAGCACUGUGCUAAACUUACCGCUUUAUAUGGCCAAAAGGACCAGCAUUCCCAGUCUUCAUGUGGUGGGAGCAGAGCCAGCACCAAGGGCUGCUCAUCAUCCCCAUCCCCGGGGGUGAGCAGGGCAGGAUGCAGCUGGCCUGGGAAUUGAUGGUUCUCCUCCUGCCCACACGAUGCUGCACAGGUGGUAGAAUGUCCUUUUCAUGCAAGAGAGCCCUUAGAGAAACACUGAAAGGCAGAUUAAAGCUAGGAGAAAACCAGGAACCUGCCACACCAGGAGCAGCAGUGCAAGAAGUUGGAAUGCUCCUGCUCAGCUUCUGUGCUGCCCUCGAUCUCCCUCCACAGCACAGAAGUACAGACACACUGGUCAUAGCUCUGGACAGUUCUGGUACUGCAACCAAGCACAUUCUUUCUGAGCUCACAUUCUCUGGUCUCUCUUUAAAUGCAUGUUUAAUAUUUGAAAGAAAUUAGAUACUUUUCCGUAAGUUUGGGAUCAGAUUGUUUACACAUGCCUCACAUGUUUUGAUGUGCAUAAUUCUGCACAAACAGCUCAUCUUUAAAUGCCAGCAAGCACUCACAGCUCCUCAGUAGAUACUCAGGAAGCACUUUUCCCCCACCUUAAAGGGCCUGAAGGGUAAGUUAUGAAUAAUUUCUACUGCCCUGAGUAAAUCUAUAAUGUGGGUACUGCAGUUCCAGAAGAACCUUUUUAUAAUGAACAGGGCAAUCUUGUGUCCUAUUAAAAGUCACGUGGACAUGUGUAAAACAGGAGGUGUAAUGUGAGGGGAACAUUGGUGACAGAGGCACAGGAUGAGUGGGGCCCCAGAUGUGCUGCUCACACUUGGACCUGCACCUCAGGUCUCUGUGAGCAUUGGUUGAAAACUCACCAGCAUCCCAAGAGAGCGUGAGGUGCUAAUGGAAAGGCAUUCCAGUCAAAAACCAGCAUUGCAAUACUGUGAAACCCACCAUGGAAUGCUGCCACCUUAUGUAUGCAUAUUGGUUUCAUCUUGGAGUGGCUUAGCAGAGCAAGAAAAGUUACUGAAAAAGAUUAUAAAGGAUAAUUAUUAGCACAAAACCACAGCUGUGCAAAUGCAGUCUUUUGGUCAGCUUGGAAAAAAGAGAAAAAGGAACAAAUGAGCAAAGUGUGCUCAUGGUGACCAGUGCCAAGAAGGUGAAGGGACUGUUUGGCUACAACUUCUCUGAAAAGGAUGCAGAAAUUAGUGCAAAUUGUCUGGUAGCACUUUUAAAAGGCAAGGAAAAGUACUUCUUGUAUGCAACACAGAAGUAAGUGUGGAACAUGGUGCUGCUCACUCUGGGCUGAGAGACCCAGAGGUCCAAUGGAAAAUUAGAGGAAGGAAUGAUAUAAAAAUUCAUCAAAAUGCACUCACUGCCACAAACGCUUUCCAGGCACUUAUCAGUGACCUUAUACUUUCUCCCUGCAUUUCUUGCACCACAAGUUUUAUUUCUCUUUGUUCAGAAUGUACUUAAAAAUCAAGUGCUGGGAAACCUUGAUUUCCAAACAGAAAAAGAGGAACACAGCCACUGGUGUCAUGGAGAAAACUGCCAGCAUGUAUCUGCAGCUUACUGCAGGUGUGGAGAAGCAAAUGCAAAUCAUUAAACUUCAG